AUGGCUCCAAAGCAGGUUAGAGCCAUUGGCCAGAUAUCUCAAUAUGCCUACCUCCUAUCGAAGCCCGGAACUCCGGUGUCGGGCCAGGUCCGCCAAUUCACAACACCGGUAGAUGCAUCGAUCCCAGCGUCUAAGCAGAAAUUCAUACCGUCUUCAGGGACAUAUCCGAAAGGCUUUAAAGUGUCUGGGAGCCAUGCUGGAGUUAAGGCAUCGAAUACAUCCGCUCCCGACCUCGCAUUGGUAUGGUCAGAGGAACCGUGUUCUGCUGCAGCCGUCUUUACUACAAACAAAUUCCAAGCUGCUCCUGUCCAAGUGAGCUCAGAGUUGAUUCGAAAGAAGAACGGAAAGAACAUUCGAGGCGUUAUUGUUAACGCUGGUUGUGCAAAUGCAGUCACAGGCAAAAAGGGCAUACAGGAUGCCAGGAGCAUGGGCCGAAAGGCGGACGAAUGUAAUGGGCUCACAGAGGGUGAUUCUAGUACUCUUGUCAUGAGUACCGGUGUUAUCGGCCAAUUGCUACCCAUUGAUAGGAUCCUCAAUAAGGUCCCUGAAGCGCAAUCAAACCUUUCAUCGACCCAUGCUGCAUGGUUACGCACCGCUCGAGCUAUCUGCACCACGGACACGUUCCCAAAGCUCACCUCUAGAAGUUUCACGCUCCCAUCUUCCCCUGGCCGUACGUAUAGCAUUGCGGGAAUGACCAAAGGAGCUGGCAUGAUUCACCCGAACAUGGCUACACUACUCGGUAUCAUUUGCACCGAUGCACCAAUUGAAGCCCCCGUGUUACAAUCACUUCUUUCUCACUCUAUAUCACGAUCAUUUAACUCCAUAUCCGUUGACGGCGAUACCAGCACGAAUGAUACGGUAGCUAUACUUGCCAAUGGCGCCGCAGGAGGAACACCGAUAUCCACAAGUGAUUCAAAGGAUUAUACCGCCAUGCAAUCUAUCCUAACACAAUUCACGCAAUCCUUGGCUCAGCUAGUUGUUCGUGAUGGUGAAGGAGCUACAAAAUUCGUCACUGUGCGCGUUAAAAAUUCUCCGUCCUAUACAGAUGCUAAACGCAUUGCUUCAACCAUUGCCCGUUCUCCGUUAGUGAAAACUGCAUUGUAUGGCAAGGACGCUAAUUGGGGCCGUAUCCUCUGUGCGGUUGGAUAUACACCCGAUCUCGCUCCUGGCACCGUUGUGCCUGAGAAAACGAGCGUGAGCUUCAAACCUGCUGACGGGAGCGCUGAGCUUAAACUACUAGUAAACGGAGAGCCGGAGUCUGUGGAUGAGGAGCGAGCCUCGACUAUUUUGCAACAUGAAGAUCUUGAGAUCGUGGUGGAUCUAGGAGGUGGAGCUAGUGGAGAGGCAGGCAAGGGUGAUGAAGAUGCUGUUUAUUGGUUCUGUGAUUUCAGUCAUGAAUAUGUGACUAUUAAUGGAGACUACAGAACGUGA